AUGAAUCGAAAAGAAAGAUUGAAAAUAUUUAAUUCUCCAGAAAGAAAUAGAAAUUCUAAAAAUAUUUAUCAGAAAUUUCCAGAUGUCUCUGAAAAUUCUACUAUAAAUAACGAUAUUGGUGAUGAUUAUAAUGCCGAGUGUGUUGAUGAUUCACUCUUUACACCUCCUGAUAAUUUAUUGAGAAAAAUUUUUGACAACACAAAACGUAUUUUCUCUUACUUGAAAUAUGUAAUACCUUAUGGUAUAGUUUUUUAUUUUACUCUGUAUUAUUUUAUUUUUGAUAAACGUUCAACUAAUUUAGAUACAGAGUUAUCAGAUCUGGCCAAGGAGGUAGAUUCUUUAAAAAAGAAAAAUUCAGAGAUGACAAUAUCAGCAGUAGAAACACCAUUUAAUCUUUGUAGAAUUGAACACUGUACCACUUUACAAGUAAACAAAGAUGAUUUAUAUAAAUAUGGAUUUAUAGGAUUUAGAAAAUCUAUCGAUCCCUACAUAAUAUUUGGUGAAAAUGCUGCACCCGGCGACUGUACUGCCUUCCUUCCAAAGAAAAUAACAUUUACUGUAAAAUUUUCUAAGAAUGUUAAGCUAAAUAACUUUCAUAUUUUUCAUCCAGAGACCGAAAACAAACAAAGUGCUAUCAAAGAUUUUUUAUUAAGUGGAUUUUACAAUGAAGAAGAAUUUGAAAUUGGAGGAUUCACUUACGACAUCAACAAAAACAAUUAUCAAUCUUUUUUGUUUCCAGAGAUUAUCACUGACAGAUUGAAAAUAACAAUUUUAAAUAAUAAUGGAUGCAAAAAGUACACAACUGUGUAUAAAAUUUAUGCAUUUGGUGUUUUUAAUUAA